AUGGGUCUCCUGACUAUUCUUAAAAAGAACCGCCAAAAGGAGAAGGAGAUUCGGCUGCUUAUGCUCGGACUCGACAAUGCAGGCAAGACCACUAUCCUCAAACGUAUCAAUGGCGAGGACAUCGACACGAUCUCGCCCACACUGGGCUUCAACAUCAAGACAUUGGAACACAAAGGGUUCAAAAUGAACAUUUGGGACGUUGGUGGACAAAAGUCGAUCCGCUCCUACUGGCGCAACUACUUUGAGCAGACAGACGGGCUGGUCUGGGUCGUUGAUUCCGCAGACAGACUUCGACUGGACGACUGCAAGAAGGAGCUGCAUGAGUUGCUCCAGGAGGAACGCUUGUCGGGUGCCUCGUUGUUGGUCUUUGCAAACAAGCAAGAUCUUCCUGGCGCAUUGACCGACGAUCAAAUUCGCGAGGCAUUGGCACUCGACGAUAUCCAGACACAUCAUUGGGCGAUCCUCGCCUGCAGUGCCAAGACGGGUGCACAUCUGCUCAAGGGUAUGGAUUGGAUCGUUGGCGAUAUUGGGUCAAGGAUCUAUCUGCUUGACUGA